AUGCCAAGUACAGCAACCAUAUCCAGAGCGAACACAAUAUUAAUAUCAUUGGGUUGUGGAAGUCGGAAGAAAUUAUUGGGAUCAAUAUCGGCUCGCAAGAGUGCGGCAAAGAGGUCUCCCCAGCAAAGCACUAGUGCCAGCAUCCAAUUAGGAAGUGGCAAAAAAACUAUUGUUGCUGAAUGUGACAACGAGAAGAUCGGAAAUACGAGCGUGCAAGUAGAGGUUAUCCCGUCAAAUCCUCAGUCUGAUCCAAUGAUUGUUGGUUCGCAGUAUGAUGUUGAACCAUCAAGUGGGUUGAUUCUGCUGAGCAGGAAGUAUGGGAAUAUUGUGUGGAAAGACUUCUCCCAAUUCAACGCGGGUAGUGGAGCUUACACGGACUGCAUUGAUGACUUGCAUGUUGAAUUGGGAGAGAACUUUUCACACAAUAUUCCCGUACUUCCCGCUCAGCAGAAUCCACUGGGUGCAAGGUGGUUUCGCUUGAUGUUGGAAAAUGGUGUUUGUCCCAAUGAGGCUACAUUUGGCAUGCUCAUGAGUCUUUAUCAGAAGGGUUGGAAUGUUGAGAAAGCGCAAUUUACAUUUUUCAAAAUGAGGAAUUUCGGACUUAGAUGUCAAUCUGCAUAUUCGGCAAUGAUCACAAUCUAUACUCGUCUGGGUCUGUAUAAUAAGGCAGAAGAAAUUAUAUGGUUCUUGAGAGAGGAUGAAGUAAUUCUGAAUAUGGAGAAUUGGUUGGUAUUACUGAACGCAUAUAGUCAGCAAGGCAAGUUGGAGGAGGCUGAGCUGGUAUUGGUUUCAAUGCAAGAAGCUGGAUUUCCCCCAAAUAUAAUUGCAUACAACACAUUGAUCACUGGAUAUGGGAAGAUAUGUAAAAUGGACGCUGCACAACGCUUGUUUCAAAACCUUGGAGCUGUUCAAAUAGAGCCUGAUGAAACAACUUACAGGUCCAUGAUUGAAGGGUGGGGUCGAGCCAACAGCUACAAGGAGGCAAACUGGUACUAUAGGGAGCUCAAACAGGCAGGAUUUCAACCUAACUCAUCCAACAUGUACACAAUGAUAAAUUUGCAAGCCAAUCACGAGGAUGAAGAGGCUGCCAGUACAACACUCGAGGAUAUGAUGAUGAUGGGUUGUCAAUAUUCCUCUGUCCUUGGUAUUCUUUUACAAGCAUAUGAGAGAGCCGGAAGGUUUGAUAAAGUGCCUCGAGUUGUGAAAGGUUCCUUUUAUGAACAUGUUCUGUUUAAUCAGACAUCAUGCUCAAUUCUUGUCAUGGCUUAUGUGAAACACUGCUUGGUGGGCGAUGCAAUAAAAAUUUUACAGGAAAAAAGGUGGAAGGAUCAAUCUUUUGAGGAUAACUUGUACCAUUUAUUAAUUUGCUCAUGCAAAGAUUUGGGUCAUCUUGAGAAUGCGGUCAAGAUAUAUGCCCAUAUGCCAAAAUCUGACGAUAAGCCAAACUUACACAUCAUAUGCACAAUGAUGGGCAUUUACAGUGUGAUGAAUUUAUUCACAGAAGCGGAGAACCUUUAUCUGAAGUUAAAAUCGGCAGGUGUAGCCUUGGACAUGAUUGCUUUUAGCAUUGUAGUAAGAAUGUAUGUCAAAGCUGGACGUAUAAAUGAUGCUUGUUCUGUUCUAGACACAAUGGAGAAACAAAAGAAUAUUGUUCCAGACAUUUAUCUGCUCCGUGAUAUGCUCCGUAUUUAUCAACAAUGUGGGAUGCUAGAUAAAUUGGCAGAUCUUUAUUACUACAAGAUUGUAAAGACUGGAGUCAGUUGGGAUCAGGAAAUGUACAAUUGUGUGAUAAACUGCUGUGCUCAUGCGUUGCCAGUUGAUGAGCUUUCAAGGAUUUUUGAUGAGAUGCUUCAGCGUGGUUUUGCACCUAAUACCAUUACGUUCAAUGUUAUGCUCAAUGUUUAUGGAAAAUCCAGGCUUUUUAAAAAGGUUAGGAAGGUGUUCUGGAUGGCUAGAAAGCGAGGCUUGGUUGAUGUUAUCUCUUACAAUACUAUUGUUGCUGCAUAUGGGCAAAAUAAGUGCUUAAAGAAUAUGUCAUCAACUGUUAGAAAAAUGCAGUGUAAUGGUUUUUCAGUUUCUCUUGAAGCCUACAAUUGUAUGUUGGAUGCCUAUGGAAAAAAUGGCCAAAUGAAGAAUUUUACAAGUGUUUUGCAGAGGAUGAGAGAGUCAGGCUGUGCUUCAGAUCACUAUACGUACAAUAUUAUGAUUAAUAUAUAUGGAGAACAAGGAUGGAUUGAAGACAUUGCUGGUGUGCUAAUGGAAUUGAAAGCAACUACUGGUCUUGGGCCUGACUUGUGCAGCUAUAACACAUUGAUAAAGGCAUAUGGAGUAGCAGGACUGGUUGAAGAUGCUGUGGCUUUGGUAAAGGAAAUGAGGGAAAGUGGGAUAGAACCCGAUAGAAUAACCUACACUAAUCUGAUCACAGCACUGCGGAGGAAUGAUAAGUUUUUAGAGGCUGUUAAGUGGUCAUUGUGGAUGAAACAGAUGGGCUUGUGAUGUCCCUGAAGCUAAUUUAUAAUAGUCUUUUCGUGCUGUGCUCUUUUUGCCUCUACUCACCCGGUCACUUCAGCUACUGCCUCUACUAGCAGUACAUAGUUCAAAUUUUUAAGUCCUGUGGGUGAGCGGGUUAUUCAGUAUCAUAUUUGCUAGUAAAAUUAUUUUAUUGGAUUCAGAAGAACAGUGAUGAUGUCUUGUAGCUGAUACCAGGUUCUGUUGACCACAAUAAUAUACUUUCAGUUGUCUUGAAUCUAUCUGAUGAUCAGAUUUCUCU